CUCCAUAGGUUCCUGAGGAACUUCCAACAUCAAAAUAUUUCCAGUGAUGGGAUUUCUUUUAAUGAAAAUGGAGUUCCUGUUGGUGAUUUUGAUAUCAUGCACUGGACAUCAGUUCGGAACAAAUCAGAUGCGGGGGUGAAAAUUGGGAGUGUAGAAAGCCAAUCCUCUUCAGAAGUCAAGAUUUCUGUCAAUCAAAAUGCAGCCCAUUGUGAAAAGUGUCCAGAUGACCAGUAUUCCAAUAAGAAGCGGCAUCAAUGUGUCCCCAAAAGCAUAAGCUUCCUAUCCUAUGAAGAAUCAUUGGGACUCAUCCUGACUUUCUUUGCCAUUGCUUUGUCCCUAACCACUGCCUUUAUUCUGGGAAGCUUCAUUAAACACCAAGAAACUCCCAUAGUCAAAGCCAACAACCGUGAACUCACCUACAUCCUCCUGGUUUCUCUCCUGUUUUCUUUCUUGACCUCCCUUCUAUUCAUCGGUCGCCCCAUGAAAAUGACCUGUCUCUUUCGACAAACCAUAUUCAGUAUUGUUUUCUCUGUUGCCGUAUCUUCUUUGCUGGCCAAGACUGUAAUGGUGGUGGUGGCAUUCCUGGCUACAAAGCCAGGAAGCAGGAUGAGGAAAUGGCUGGGGAAGGGUCUGGCCCACUCGAUUGUUUUAUCCUGCUCUGGUAUUCAAGUAGGCAUCUGUAUGACUUGGCUGGGAAUCUUUCCCUCAUUCCCAGAUUCUGACUUUCAUUCCCAGCCAGAACACAUCCUGCUGCAGUGCAACGAAGGUUCAGUGACCAUGUUCUACACUGCUCUUGGCUACAUGGGUUUUCUGGCUGCCAUCUGUUUCUUGGUGGCAUUUCUGGCUCGAAAUCUGCCAGGGACCUUCAAUGAAGCCAAACUGAUCACGUUCAGCAUGCUGGUUUUCUGCAGUGUUUGGAUCUCCUUUGUCCCCAGCUACCUGAGCACCAAAGGGAAAUACAUGGUGGCUGUGCAGAUCUUCUCCAUCUUGGCCUCCAGCCUAGGUUUAUUGGGUUGUAUUUUUGUUCCCAAGUGCUACAUUAUUACACUGAGACCUGACAUAAACACCAAGGAACAU